AUGGCCACGCUAGGUUUCAAAUCGUUCAACCACACACAAAUCCCAUCAAUUUCAAAACCAGUAAUUCAUCUUCCUCUCAAAACCCAGCUCAAAUUCCCCAAAACCCAAUCAAAAUCUCUUCUCUACGCAACAAACAACGACCAAAUCCAAGAACCCAUUAACCCGGACCCGCACACCAACGGGUCACCGGAGAAUGGCGGAGACGGAAGCGGCGACGAAGAGAAUGAUUUGAAAGCAAAUAGAAAGAAUCUGUUGUUUAAUGUGAAGCUGGGUGAUUUGUUUCUGGACCCGGAUCCUGAUAACAUAUUGGCCGUUGGAUUGACGGGUAUACUGGCUUGGGCGAGUGCUCAAGUUCUGUGGCAGCUUUUUAUUGUUUCAUUUGUUAUUCUCACUGCUGCUCUUAAGUAUUCUUUUAUUGCUGCUUUUCUUGUUUUUAUUCUUAUUACUCUUCUUUAA